AUGGCUAUAAGUGAAGGACAAAGGUUUGAUUUACAUAAAAAAGUACUUUUAAAUAUUUUUUUGUUAAAUUUAUUUUGUUAAAAAAAUCUUCAGAAUUUGCUUAAAUUACUUGGAUUGUUUGCUUAAAUCGCUAUGUGUAAUUAAGUUUAUUAAAUUUUUGAGUUACUAUGUUGUACAUUACAAAUGAAAGUUUGUAUUGUAUUGUACAUUACAUUAACUUUAAUUAAUGUGUUAUGUAUGGAAAUACAUUUUUAAUUAGGUUAGAUUAAUAGAACCGUGUUGUUUGUCUUAACGUUACAAGUUUAUCAUUUACAAUUUACAGAGCCCUUAAUAAUUUCUGGAUGUCUAAAUAUGCCAGGCUGUGCAGCAGUUGGCUGCAACAAUCGUAGUGAGAAAGGUUAUAUUAUGAAAUGUUUUCCACGUGAUCCAAAGUUGAGGAAAAUUUGGCAAAAACGUGUUGCUAGGGCUGAUUGGAAACCAUCAAAUAACUCAUUUCUUUGUCAUGUGCACUUUGAAUCUCAAGAGUGGUCUAUAACACAAAGUGGUAGAAUUAAAUUGAGAAAGAAUGCAAUCCCUUCUAUAUUUACUGUGACAUCUAAUAGAAAAUCCCCUAAAAAAAAGACUAAGGUAUUUGAUAACAAAGGUGAAAGCAUAUUGCAAGGUGAAUAUAAUAUAGAAUACAUGGAAAAUGAUACAGAGCAUUCAUCUAUUGAACAUUUAGAAAAGAAAGAUUUGGAUUUUCAGGAGAUUGAAGACUGUAUGCAGCAAUCUAUUGAAAAUAGUUUUAAACACACUUACAAAUCUAAAGAGGUUAAAAAAGAAGAGAGCAUUGAGGUUAAUCAUCAGAGACAAAAUAUUGUAAUGAUUGCUGAAGAUAAUCUUACCGAUAUUAAUAGUUUAGUGGAACAAUACAAUCUUGAAAUUCAACCAAAUGAUAAUAAAAAGGAAGUUGAAAUCAUGGAUAAAUCAGAAACUACUCAAGUACCAAAUAUCGCAAUAAAGAAAGAAAUUAAGCUGGAAGUUAUGGAUCAUAAUGCGUUUGAAGAUAGUUAUGAUGAAAUUGAAGAGAAAUUAAAACAAAUUUGUGAUGGUGGAUCCAUUGAAGAUGACAAUUAUAAAAAUGAGAUUCAAAAAAAAGAUGAAGUUGAAAAAAAAACAGAUGCGAAAGUUGAAUCUACUAAUAAUGACCAGAAAGUUAUUUCGUCCACUGAUGCGAGUCAUUUAUCAAUAAAAAAUGAAGUUGGACAUAUACUUACACGCAAAGAGGAAAAUGUUGAAAUAAUUUUUGGUACUGAAAGUGGAGAUGAAAAAACAUCUGCAUCUCAAAAUAUAUCAAAAGUAAAUAAAGUGGAUAACAAUACAUUGAAAGAAGAUGAAAUGAUUUAUGUUAAAGAUGAAAAAAAAAUUUUUAAUGAAGACAUAGAAGAAAAUUUUUCUAAAGAUGAAGUUCAUGUUAUACCAAAUAUAAGAGCAGCUAUGAAACGUAAAAGAAGAACUAGGGAAGAAAUAAUGAAAUCAAUAAAGAAAUCAAUUAGAAGCAAUUCAGAUCAGGAUAUUAAUUCUUCAAGUAAUACUGACUUAUCUGAAGUAGAAAUCAGAAAUGAAUUAUCUUUAUUUUCUCAGGAAAUAAAUGAUAUUCAUAAGAAUGAUACAAAAGAAGAAACUGCAAAAUUUGUUAUUAAAGUAACUGGUGACCCUGAUGAUGUAACUGAAAUUAUUGAAGAAUUAUCAUCUAAUACAAUAGGAACACAAAUAUCUAAAGAAUUCAAUACUGUUUCUAAAAUUGAAGAAAAUGAUUCACUUGUUACAUCUAUUAUAACAGUACUGUCACCAAAAAAUUUUAAAGGUGUUAUUUAUGGAGAUUUCAACAAUUCAUUAAUAAAGGAUGACUAUGUAACUUCAAGUAAAGAAACGUUAAUAAUGAAUCAAUCUCUUUAUGAAGAUAGAGAGUUUACAAGUUUAAAUUCAACUCAUAGUUCUAAAACAUACCAUUCGAACAUACAUACAUGCUCUGAUGAAGAAGAGAGACUUAAGAUAAGGACCAAUUUACCAUUACAAAAUUGUACACAAGGUGUUCAAAUCUCCUUGGAAAACAACUCUGGUUGUGUUUCCUCAGACUAUGAAGAUCUAUUAGAGAGAAUACAAAUUCAAGAAGAUGUAAUUGCAAAGUUAACUGAUCAAAUAAUUAUUUAUAAAGAGUUGGAAAACAGCAUGAGAAGUAAAGCUACUGGACAACAUGAAAUACAAACCAGAGAUGUGGAAACUUCUAGAAUUAAUACAAGAUCAAAAUCGAAGCAAAGAUUAAUAGAAGAUUUAUCAAACAGAGUGAAUUAUUUUGAAGAAAUGAAUAAGAAAUUAAUGAAAACUGUAACAUUAGAAUCUCAGCAAAAAAGAAAGCUUGAAGGACAAAUUAAACAAAAGGAUAAUCGAAUAAAAGAACUUAACUGGAAAUUGGAAAAAGCGUCCAAAUAUCUCGAAAGAGCAGAAAAGAACACAAACACCUAUAGAAGAAAAAUGUUGAAUAUGCAAACUAUCAUGAGAAGAAGAAAACUUUUAGAUGAAAAAAUGAGCAAAUUUAAUGAAAUGUUAAUAGAUAGUUCUAAGCAAGAAUUUUCAGAAAAAGCUUUAUCCAUGGCAAUAGAAAUCAGAAAAGUUUGUGGAAGAAUAGGAUAUGAUAAGUUGGUUUCUUAUGGAUUUCCAUUACCACCAUUACAAGCUUUAAAGAAAGGAAUUCUCACUGAAGAGACUUUUGCAGAUUCCAACAGAAGUGAUAUGUAUGAGGUACGAAAUUCUACACAGAUAAAUGUUAAAACAGAAAAAGCUCAUGAUACAAAUAAUGAAUCUGAAAUAGAUGAAAAGGACACAGAACUUGUAGAUUCAGUUGGUAAGGCAACUGAAUAUGAAAGUACAGAAACUGUGACAGGAACUGUACAAGACAUUUUUGAUGAAAACAAUGAUGGUGAUGAUUUUAGUACAAAUGAACUGAGAGAACAUUUUAUUCUACAAUUAAAUGCAGUUAUGUAGCCAUAAUUUUGUAUUUUAAUUAUAUUCUUCUCUUUACAUCUUUAGAACUGUAAUAUUAAGAACUUAGAUAAAAUUUCUUAGAUAAAAUUCUGUAAUUGUACAUUAUAUUCUUAAUAAUUAUAUUUAUUGUACAGUAUAAUCUGAUUCUUACUGUAAAUGUAAAUAUAUGUACAAUAUAUAUGUAUAAUAUAAAAGACCAUUUUCACUAAUCAACUGCAGUAUUAAAUUAUUGCUCAUGAAUAAUUUUCUGCAUAAUGGUCUAUCUUAAAGGAUUAUACAAUAUUUUUUGCUUCUUAUUGAUAAAUUUUAUAUUUUAGUAGUAAAAUAGAAAAAACAGAUUUAUUAUGAUGUUUUCUGAAAUUCAUCAUUGUCAACAACACUCCAAUGUUUAUCAAUAAAACAUUAAGAAUAUAUGAAUUUACUUACAUUAUUUAAACAAAAAAGAAAAAGUAGAAUACGAUAAAUUAAUUAUCUCGUAUAAAAGAAAUGUAAAAAUAUAAUACUUUUAUAUAACAUUGUUAAUAUCUAAGCAAUAUAUUAAAAAUAUAAAUAUAAGUUGUGAGAAAUUAUAUAGGAUAAUUCUUUUAUUUGUUAAUCUAAAGGCAAUGCCAUAUCAAUCACUUGUGAUCUAGCAUCAGUAAUUUGUAAAAUAAGAUCAGGAGUUAGUGAUCGAUGAUAUUGCUUUUGAAUUAACUAAAUAGUCAUUUGUAAAUAAUCAUUUGGUUCAUUUCAAUAAUAUAAAGUAUAAUGAUAAUAAUAAAUACACUUGACUACACGUAUAUUUGUGUGUGAGUGUGUAUUUUUUUCUCUUUUAACAUAAUUUUCGUCAAAAUAAUUACAAUCCAGUAGCAGACUUGUUAUUAUUAACUUUCUUUUUCUCCUUUGAUUUUCCAUCCUUGGAUCCAACUAUUUUAUCACAUUCACACCAAGGUGUAAUCAUUUUAUCACACAUUAAAGAAAUAUUAAGAACUGUUAAUGGAGUAUCCCCAAUAGUCAUUGUAAUUGUACCUAAUAUUUUAUAAGAAACAUUAUUUAAGCCAGUUUGACGGUCUCGUUUUCUAGUAACUUCCCGUUGAUUAUAACAUUUUAUCAUAUCUCGUUUCCUAUGAUUUCUGUCAUGUAUAUGUCUAUAAUAAAUAAAAAUAACAUAAUCAAUGAACAUUUAUUAAUAUCUAAUAUAAAUAUAAAUCUUUUGCAGAGCAUCUUACUUGAAUGUAUUAUGCGUUCCAGUAGAUACAUUUUGUGGUCUCAUAACACUUAA